AUGGUCUCAAAGGUGAAUUCGAAAACUCAAUUUGUGAGUAAUUAUGAUAUAUUUCUCAAGGCGCUGAAGAUGGAAUCUGUAUUUGACGACAAAAACGACUUUCUGGAUGUUGUUUAUUGGUUUAGGCAAGUUUUUGCCAUUAUAGUUGGUGUUGUCUGGGGUGUAGCCUCGUUUACAGGCUUUAUGGCAAUCCUCAUGUUUUUUGUAACAAACAUAUGCUUUGUCUAUGCAUACGCUGCAAUUUAUCAACGUGUUGAUGAGGAUGAAUAUGGUGGAUAUGGGGAGAUCAUAAAAGAAGGAUUAAUGACAGCUUUUGCAUGCUUUAUGGUAUCCUGGAUACUCACUUAUGAUUGUGCUCACGGUGUAAACAGCACAACUUGGUAG